AAUCUCCGAAUACAGAGUGUGUGUGCUUUCUGUGUGCUGCUGACUGCCUGCCAGUGCACAUUUUUAUCCUCCAUACAAUAACGAUUCUAGGAAGGAAACUUUUUGGAAUGAUGGCACGUUCAGCUCCAGAAUCUGUUUUUAGGGGAGUGGACCUCAACCCUAUGUCCAACAGCUUCCUCCACCACACCAAUGAGAUCUCUGUGGAUCAGCUGAUCGUGAGGCGAGGUCAGCCCUUCAAACUGACCCUGAAUGUGGCACAACCAUUCAACCCUAAACUGCACCAGCUGCACAUCACUGCAAAGACAGGAGAAAUUCCGACGGAGAAACAGGGUACGCUCUCACUCUUCGGGGUCCCAGAUGUGUCGACUCGCUCCCCAUCAGCGAUAGCUGUUUGGAAGGCAGAUCUGCACAAGUAUUCCUCUCCACUGACAGUGAUCCUUAUGGUCACCCCCCCAGCUGUCACCCCAGUGGGGAGGUGGAACCUGACUGUGAAACUCGGGGGGGAGGAGAUGUUACUGGGGAAGCUGGUGGUGCUCUACAACCCUUGGUGUCCCGAUGACUGGGUGUAUCUGAAAGAUGAGAAGGAGAUAAAUGAGUAUGUGCUGAAUGAACAAGGAGUCAUCUUCAAAGGCAGUAAUAACUACAUUUCCUCUAUGGACUGGGACUUUGGACAGUUUGAGGAACAAAUGGUGGACAUUUGUUUGACGAUGUUGGACCUUAACCUCAAACACGAGAAAGACCCCGCUGACGAUGUUUCCGCUCGCUGUAACCCCAUCUACGUCAGCCGCGUGGUCUCCGCUAUGAUAAACUGCCAAGAUGAUCGUGGGGUCCUGAUGGGGCGCUGGGGCCCGCCAUAUAUCGGGGGGCAUCUCCCCUCUCAUUGGAGUGGAAGUUACCCCAUCCUGCGUCGCUGGUUCAACAUCGGUGCAUACCCCGUCAAAUACGGGCAGUGCUGGGUGUUUGCUGGUGUGAUGUGCUCAGUGAUGCGUCUGCUUGGCAUCCCCUGUCGCGUGGUCAGCAACUUCGAGUCAGCCCAUGACAACAACGCCAAUCUGGUCAUUGAUGAGUACCACGCAGACUAUGGAGUCCGACCGAAAGCGAACCACGACAGCAUUUGGAACUACCAUGUGUGGGUGGAAGCGUGGAUGAGGCGCCCUGAUCUUGCAGAGGACGGAGCAUUUGACGGUUGGCAAGUUCUGGAUCCAACACCACAGGAGAAGAGUGCUGGUGUUUACUGCUGUGGUCCCGCCCCGGUGAAAGCCAUCCUAAGCGGAGAGACAGACCUUAAAUAUGACGUCCCAUUUGUCUUUGCCGAGGUCAACGCCGACUGUAUUGACUGGCUGGUUAAAGCUGAUGGCUCCAAAGUGAAUAUUUUCUCUGACAGUGCAAGGGUGGGUCACAAUAUCUCCACCAAGUCUAUCGGCUCCAAGGAGAGAUGGAACAUCACCGACAAUUACAAAUACAGAGAGGGAACAGAUAAGGAGAGGGAGGUCUAUAAUAACGCCAUAACCAAACAUUACUCCAAAACUGAUGAUGAGGAGACGGAUAAGAAUGCAGUGAUUGAGGAGGACCAGGAGGAGGAUGAGAGUGAGGACAACGUGGCAGUGGAAGAUGAGGAUCCCCCGAGUGAUGAGGAGGAAGAUGAUGAGAUUGAAGAGGGGAACGAAACUGGGAGGGAGACCACAGGAAGUAUAGAUGCAGAAAACCCGAUCAGCAUAUCUCCACCUCCACCUGUGACCAUGCAGUUUGAAAAGGUGAGCCCACCGAGAAACGGUAAGGAUGUGAGGCUGAAGCUGGUGCUGCGGAGUGAGAGCAGCUCCGUCAGGUCUCUCUCCAUCAACAUCAGCGUCCAGGCCACAAGGUACAACGGCUUCCCAGCCAUGACCAUCCAGACCGAGGUGAAGGACAAGAGACUGCAGCCCGGGAGAGAUUUGUCUAUCCCGAUCACGGUCCCAUUCUCGGCCUACCAUAAGCCCAUGGUGGACUGUGACAGCAUGAAGGUUUCAGCCUUGGUGAAGGACAAAAAGACGCCCUACAAUACGUACCUGGCUGUGGACGACAUUGUGCUGAUCGACCCCCCCAUCUCUGUCAAGGUUACCACUGCUGCAAAAGUCAACCAAUCUGUGAAAGGAGAGGUGAUCUUCAUGAACCCCGUGACCACCGAGAUGCUCACCAACUGCACUCUGAGCUUCUCUGGAACUGGACUGAUGAAGAAUGAGGCGGAAAUCAAGCUUCAAGACUUGAAACCAUACAACCGUCUUCAUGUCUACUUUUCCUUCGUUCCCUACAAGUCCGGUAAGAAGACUUUGGUGGUCGACUUUGACUGCUCCACCUUCAGGGACAUCAAGGCCAGCUGCAUCGUCAACGUCCAGCCCUAAACUCUUACUUCAGAGCCAAACUGUGUGUUUUAAAAAUCUUCACUAUUUAAUAAUUGAAUGGAGAACAGUAAAGCUAUUGUUGCUCCCACUUCGCAGCAGUGUAGCAGAGUUACUGCACUAGUUGUCAAAAAAGUAUUGUGAGCGUAUGUAUGUAUUGUUGGCAGGGGGGGCACUUAAUGCAGUAGUGUUUUUUUGUAUAAAAAAUCAAUGUCAUGCCCAUGGUCAAUAUCGCACUUUUGGCCUUUUUUUUAGGAGCUGCUGUGGUGUUAAAUAUGUGGGGGUUUAGGGGAUAUGCAGACACAGAUUCAAACAACGCUGAUUUAAAUCAAUUCUAAUUCAGUGCUACUAAGAUUGCAAUUAAACAUUUUUAACAGUUGUUAACGUAUUGUUUUUAGUGAGCACAUUUUCUCUCUGCAGGGCAUAAACAAAUAUAAAAAGAAAGUGUCACAAUGCUGCACAUUACUUCGUCAGAGAACAGAAUUACACGAUUUAAUUGAAUAAUUGAUUCUGACUGGUCAAUUCAGAACCUGUGACACGUUGUUAAUCCAGUAGUACAGACCGCUGUCAAGGACUAUAUUGACCGUUAAGGAGGAUCAAGAAAGGAAAAGGAACAGAGGUUAAAAGACGGAGCAGUGGAUGUCAGAUAAAUCCCCAGAAAAAGAACAGACAGGAAGUAAACACUAACAGGAACACGGUCUGGGCUCUGCAGUGUUUAAGGACUUGUUAGUGGAUUAGAAACUGUGAACAGACUUGAACAGUUACAGAAAACUUUGAUCAGUGCUGCCAUAAAGUUGUUGUUGUCACAGUUCCAGCCGUUAGUGCGCCGUGGAACAGAGUUUUUUUUCUUUGCGGAAGAAAAACGAUAAUUUUUGUGUCAAUAAAAUAAUUAUAAUUCGAAACAGAGUCGUUAGUUUGUUUAGUAUCUGGCAGUUUGUUUAGUAUCUGGCUGUGUAAUAUGCGGGCUCCCUGAUCAGUCUGUCGGGUGUUCUUUUCCCCAUAAUGACUGCCUCGCUGCACAUUAUCCCUUACUUGACUUGGUACCGACACACACAUUCUAAAUAAAAAGUUAUCAACUUUUGUCCUAACAGGGAUGUUAAGGGUCAGAUGAAACGUAAUCCUUGUGGACUGCACUAUAUUUUUGUAUUAAAAAGAAAAGUUGGAAUGUAUUUUUAUUAUAUGAAUGUGUUUAAUAAAUCGGAAACAUGUCUAAAUAAAGGUAAUUUAAAGCAA